GUCGCAGGGGGCGCUGGUGGCGCUGCUGCUGGGACUGCUGGUGAUCCACGCCGCCCUCAACUCCAUCUCAUCCCGAGUCACCGCCUUCACAAACACCCUCUCCUUCUUCUGGCACGUGUUUGCUUCCAUCGCCAUGUGCGGGGCGCUCCUGGCCACCGCACGCAGCCUCAACGCGCCCAGCUACGUGCUGACGGCAUGGACCCCCAACAGCAGCGUGCAUGGUAUCCGCAGCCCUCCCUACAUCUUCCUGAUGGGUCUGCUGAUGGCGCAGUGGGCCCUCAUGGGCUACGAUGCAAGCAUUCACGUGGCGGAGGAGACCAUCGACGCCCAGAACGCCGCCAGUGCCGCACUGGUUGCCUCCGUGUGUCUGUGUAGCGGACUGGGGUUGGGGGUACUGCUCAGCCUCACGUUCGCCAUGCAGAGCAUGGCCUCCAUCCUCAGUCCCGCAAACGCCACCGGAGGUCACAGCGCCAUGACGCAGCUCUUCUGGGAUGUGUUCCAGUCGCGGUACGGCAGCGGUAUCGGCGCACUGGGAUUGUCGUACAUUCCCCUGGUCGGGCUCUUCUUCUGUGCCAACGCCUCGCUCGCCGCCAAUGCACGCAUGUUGUACGCCUUUUCUAGGGACGGAGCCAUGCCAGGCUUCCGCAUCUGGCGGCGCCUGCACCCCUCCUCCCGCCUGCCGCUGCACGCCUGCUGGCUGAUGGCUGCCCUAGCGGGGCUGCUCGGGGUGCCCUGCGUCCUCAACAAGCGCUUCUUCCACACCGUCAGUGCGGGCAGCGUGGUGGCGCUGUCGCUCAGCUAUGG